AUGUUCCCGUUGUUUGUGGACGGGCUGUUGGUGCCCCAGGCUAUCGUCCUUCCUUUCCUUGGGAGUGUUCUUGCCUUGGUUCUCACGUUCGUUCUUUUCGUUAUCGCUGCAGACUAUCACCAUGGCUGGAAGAGAAGGAGAUUUCUCGGCAAUAUCCCUCUCAUGGACGACAAAAGUUACUUCAGCCCACGCCUACGACUCUGGAGCUCCGGCCAUAACUACAUAGAGGGAUUUUCACGAGGGUAUACGGAGGAAAUUAAUUUCAACCAUAUCCUGGAUGCCGGCUGGAAGAUUCCAGUCGAGGCCAUGCAAGCUUGCAACAAGUUGAGCUCCUUGAGAAAGUUAACCUAUAUAACAUUGAUUUUCGUGCUAGUUCAGAUACUAACAUGCCUGUUAUCUCUAGAAAAGCUAGAUCCCCUAAUCAUGAAGGAGGCAGACUAUAGUAUCACCCAAUAUAUUGGCCAGUCAAAGAGUUGGAAAGAAGACUCGAUCUUCAACAUCUCGUUGAAGGUUAUGGUUGACAUUGGUGUUCUCCUGGUGUUCCACCCUGGGUUUGGGCGUGAAGCAGGGCUUGCAACGCAAAUGGGAGCUUAUGUUGGCCAGGUUGAGGCACGAACGCAUCUAUACGAGGCAUUUCCCCGGGUAAUGGGGCCUCUUCUUGAGCUAUUUGCGUCUGAGUGCCAUCAGAUCAGGUCUAGCAUGAAAUCAAUGAAGAAGACUAUCUUGCCAGAACUCAGACGCCUGAUUAAGCAGAAACGAGAGAGCCAACCGACCACCGAUGAUCACUUCUAUACCAGUUCAAUGGUUGAGCUUGCCUUGAAAAAGGGUCCCUUGAGCAGAAAAGGAGAGGUUAAGGACGAAGAACAUCAUAUUGACAUGAUGGCCGAUGAGACCAUGUUCAUGUUCUUUGAAGCGGUCGAGCCCACGACGAUGAUUCUAAGCGCUUUCCUCGCACGACUUUUACGCCAUCCGGAGUUUGUCGAGCCCAUCAGAGCAGAAUUGGCCGAAGCCUUGAGACUAGACGAUGGCAAAUGGAGUUUCGAUAUGUUUAACAAGACGCCCAAGUUCGAGAGCUUCAGCCGAGAGGUCCUCCGCAUGGACGGGAUUAACUUGGUUGCUGGAAGCCGUCAGGUUGUCAAGGACCCAGUGACAAUUAAGUCCUUGGGUAUGACUUUCACGCCAGGGACGAAUAUCACUACAUCCGGUCAAUUCACCCAUCUGGAUCCUGAGUUUUACCCUGACCCCACCAAAUUUGAUGGUAACCGCUUCUACAGCACAGAUCUAACUGCUAGUGACAUACACCGCGACACCGUUUCGCCUAACGAAAGGUGGGUGCCGUUUGGACUCGGCAUCUCGUCAUGUCCUGCUCGAGUGUUGGGUAUCAGACUGUGCCAGCUCAUGGCUGCGAAAAUGCUAUUGGCCUACAAUAUGGAAUUUGCACAUGAAGACGGCAAAUCUCCGGAUUUCAACGUCUUUGUGGAUGCUGUCGCGAUCCUGAACCCGGAAAUCAAGAUGAGAUACAAGAGCCGCCAGUAG